AUGAAUCAGAUGCAUGGAACAGCUGCCGGAAGUCAAGAAUUGCUAGCUUGUGAAACCUGUGGAAGACAUUUUGCACAAGAUGUUCUGUUAAGGCACAAGCCAAUAUGCAAGAAAGUCUUCACCAAAAAGCGGAAGCCUUUCAAUUCUUUGAAACAGAGACUGCAGGGAACUGAAAUUCCCUCAGUGAAGAAACAGCCACCACCAAAGAAACAACCAGAAAAGAAAUCUAACUGGAGACAGCUGCAUGAGGACUUUAUUAAUGCUAUUCAAUCAGCCAAGCAAGUCACGAAAGCCAUGAAAGAGGGCCGACCCCUUCCUCCUCCUCCACCUCCAAGCAUCAAUCCAGACUAUAUUCAGUGUCCUUACUGCUUGAGAAGGUUUAACGAAGCUGCAGCAGAGCGGCACAUCAGUUUUUGCAAAGAACAAGCUACACGACGUGUCUUUGCACCAGGCCAGAAAGCAGGCAAACAGGCCCCGGGCAAGCAACAAAUGACUCAAAGGAGAGAACCAGCCUUAACAAGUGCUGUGGAAUCACUGCUUCAGAACAGAGUCCAAGAAGCUGCCAUUGCAGGACCUGCUGUGCAGUCCUCCGCUGGAAUGCCAGAGAGAACCAAAAAAACAUCCGGUGUACCCUCUGGAAAAAAUACUUCAGGAGAUUCUCAGGGACACCAUCCUGUGAACUUGCUGCCAGCUGAUGUGAGAGCAAUAUGCAAUCUCUGGUAUCCCUCUGGGGAGAGAAGGAGACCAAGUCCAUCUGAAAUUGAUCAUAUGUAACAUCCUGGCAUGUGACAAGGCAGCCAAGCAUGGCCAGCAUGGGCACCACUGAGACCGGCAAACAGGCCAUGAGAGGAUAAAGGAUCCAGAAACACAAGGCCCAGGAUGACUCCAACUGCUUUUGCUCAGAGCAGAAAACUUGCCUGUUUUUUACAAUGAGCUGGACUGAAUCCUCAGAACGGAGACCAAUCUGCUGGUAGAUACUGCGCAGAAGCAUCUUGAGGCUUAAUUGUGAGGGACACAGAGGAGGAAAAACAGUUGUUCCAUGGACCAGGAGAUGCCUGAUGCAUUGCUGGGAUCUCAGAAUCAAUUUAGUGGAUCUGGGAUCCCGACCCAGAAGCACAGAUGAAUGAUACCUGAGCCAGCUUGGGAGGAGGAGGAAUCUGGAACCGGGGGACCGCUACUGCAGGCAUAAAUGAAACCCUCGCAAUGGAGUUGUCAGAUAAUCUAGAAAAAGAAUAAUCCUGUUUACAGAAAAAAUACACGGGUAUGGGGCUAUAUACUGUACAGAAUACUGCUUCACACUUAUAUAGUACUUUACAUAUUCAAAGCUAUGUAGAGAUUAAUGUUCACACAAACCUGUGAAGUAGGUAAGUAUCACUAUCCUCAUUUUAUGGAUUGGGAAAUGGAACCAGACAGGUGAAGUGACGCAACUGGGAUGAGAAUUUGGGGAGUUCUUGGUUCCCAGACUGGUCUCCCAAGCUCAGAUGUUCCAAACACCCUCCUCAACAUAAUGUCACUUUACAUCUCUUAACGUUUUCCUUCCACUGACAUGAUGUCUCGAUCCUAAAACAGCUCAGUCGCUAAAGUCUUUGCAUAAAAGAGAUGGUCUGUUGAGGCAAAUGGGCAGUGUGGGGGAAGCUAUUGUGUGAGUUGUUCUUGUCCUACGGAUGAACACAUGUCAGUCUCCAGGGCUUUCAGUGGAGGCCUUCUUAAGAACACUAAAUUUACAGAAAAGAAAAUCUCCCCCUGAUCCUGCCCCAAACUCCUACUUUAGAAUAAGUAUGACACACCUCUUUAGUAUUUGUAGUGUUCUGAGAUUCUAAAGAUAAAAAUUCUUACUGGAUACAUGACCUGUGGUGCCCUUAGUGAUUCAAUACAAAACAGGGCCUGUGUUUAGGCUACCCCUACAUUUAAGCUUUCGGAAAUGUUAGAAGCUAUUUUGAAUUUAUUGACAGAAUUAAAAUAACCGAUUAUCUUUUUCAUUAGAAUGUUUUAAUCACCAUUACCUCCUGUUAUCUAGGAGCUCUACUAACAAAGGUGAUUCAUGUUACUUUUUAUUUGAACUUGAAGCACUCUUCAUUAACUACAGAAGACUAGCACCCCUCUAGAAGGCACAGUGCUGUAUUUCAGAAGAGCUUGUAAGCAGAAGAACCUAAUCAGCAACAGCAGCAAACUAAAAACCACAGGAUCUUUGUGAAGUGGUUUACGGGAGAUGAAUGAACCCUGAAGGUUUUCUUUUGAAAAAAAAAAAAAAAAAAUAGAGUGGUAUCUUUUCCAAUUUGCAUGAGUUCACCAGGUCUUGUCAGCUGAUGGCACUUUGACACCUGAAGACUUUUAGAAAGGAACUAUAUAUAGACAAUUUACAAAAACAAAACACAAACAAAAAAGAGCAUAUUUCUGUUUUGGUUUAUACAAACAAAUGUAACUUAAUGGCUAGAUAUAACUUGUUAAUUACUACUGUGCUGAAACCAUGAAUAUAAAAUUACUUAACAUUUUCAUACCUGCCAUAUAUUUAUCCAACUUUAGUGGGAGUUUGACACUAUUUGUAGCUGUGGAAGAGACACGGUGGGACCUUCUCUGGUCUUGCAUCCAGAAGGACUUUAGACCAGUCAUUGACUGCAACAAGAGCUACCAUGCAUAUGUGGAGGACUGUAACAUCAAGCUUAUGUUGCUAGAGUAGUUUAGCUGCCAAGGAACAUUUAUGCUACAGAUUGUUACAAUGAAUAAGUAUCAGAGGGGUAGCCGUAUUAGUCUGUAUGCUACCAGACUCCUCAUUGUUUUCACGAUGAAUUACCACUUUCCUGGACUAAACAAAGGCCAUCAUUAUCAACCAAAAGUGAACAGAGCUUGCUUGGAUGGGGAACAUAAUCUUUCCUGAGGCUGUGUCUACACUACAGACUGUACAGCAGCACAGCUGUAAGGUCUCCUCUGUAGUUGCUCUAUGCCAGCGGGAGAGAGCUCUCCCGCCGGCAUAAUUAAAACACCUCCAAUGAGCAAUGGUAGAUAUGUCGGCGGGACGUAUCUCCUGCUGACAUAGUGCUGUCUACACUGGUGCUUUUGUUGGUUGGAGUGUAGUUUUGCUGACAAAAAAGUGCUAGUGUAGACAUAGCCUGAGAGUUAGAUUGUGCGAGGGGCUGAGUGCUGGCGUCAGUGGGACUACUCGUGCUUCAAGCUAAGUUUAGGCUUAAGUGCUUUCUUGGAUUAGGCCCAGAAUGCCUAGCAUCUUGCAGGAUCAAGGUCUAAAUGAAAAUUAAUGUGUCGUCUUAACCAUAUACUUCCUCUUCAGAAAAAGCCAUUUAUACAAGACAUUUAUUCUUAGGCUACGACAGUGGUAGUUAUUUCCAGCCCCGGAGAAAACACCGUAUCUCCACACACAGCGGAAGUGCACUUCAAAAAAAACAAAUUUGAGUUCAACCUAAUCACCAGAGCAAAUAUUUUGUUUUUAAAAAAGCGAGAGGAGAUAAAAUAAUUGAAGGAAGUCACAACUUAAAUUAAAAAUUCUUAAAGCUCAGUGAUUAAGUGCUUGCCAUUAAAACCUACUGGACCCUCCUAGAUUCUACAUAUGAACAAUGUUCAAGUCAUUUGUAUAAACUAACUGCGAGUCAUGGCUCAUUUAAAAAGUUAUGUUUCCCACCCUCACCCCCAUAGCAGCCAUCACGUUUUGUGCAUGUUCUAGAUACAUUUGUAUUUCCAUUGAAGAACACUAGUUCAGCUAUUUAGUUUAAGUGUGAAAACAUGGAGGGUAUUGAGCAGAAAAGAUGGCAUUGUUGCAAGUGUCAUAUGCUAUGAAACUAGUAAGUAUUAGAUAAAAUACAUCUAUUCACUCUGUUACUUCCUGGAACAUUCUACAAUGUUUAUAAUGUCCUUUUUAAAAGUUCUUAAAUGGUUUGGGGCUUUUCUCCUUCAGAAAUCUGGGUAUGAAAAGGAGCCCUAAAAAAGAUGGUAGUUAUCUGAAGGCAUGGUGAAAAUGAGGCAAUGUUACAGAAUUUGUACUGGAUGAAAAAGAAUGGGGAUGAAGCUGGUUUAGGGCCACUCCACCCAGAGCUAGCUGUGCACCUUGCUGUUGGCUGAGGCAGCUCAGCCUGUGUGGUGCUUCCUCAUGACCAAAUGCCAUUGUGAUGUCCCCACUGUUAUUCUGGUUAUCACUCUGAGGGAACUGCCAGAAACCCAGUAUAUGAGUAAGAUCCAUGGAGGGCAUGCUAAUAGAUUCAACUGUUGUCACAGUCUCCUUGUGCAAUAUGUACUUGCCAGCAUCGCCUGCACCCCCCGAGGAAGCUUCUUCCAGAUUGACUUUGUGAGGUUCUGGUAAAGGCAGGUCCUCGAGCAAGUUCACAUUAUGAGCUUUAACAUCCACUUCGAUGGGUAGGUUUUUGAGGGAUGCUGGUGCAAAUGAGGUAGUACUCAGUUCAUAUUUGUUGUGCUGAUGAAGAUUCUGGUUGGUAGGAAUUGAUGGUGAAGAUGGUUUAGAAUGAGUGGCUGAGAGACUAUCUACACAGCUCAUCCUUAGCAAGUGAGGAGGUUCCAGAGGAUGAGUAGACUGUAGGCUUUGUUGACAGUGAAUAUGUGGGUUGCUAUACUCUUCUGCUUCCAAUGUGUUCAGAAUCCCAUGCUGCAUAGAAGCCCUCUCAGGAAAAGAGGACAGGAUACUGGCAUCUUCCUUCAGUCUGAAUGGAGAGAGAGGGUCAAAGAGACCCUGAAAGUCACCAUUCUGCAACCUGCCCUUCAGCAGCUCUUGUGCAUGUGUUUUCUUCAUGUGGCGAGUCAAGUGGUCCUUGCGCCCAAAUCUCUGGGCACAAAACUGGCAGAAGAAGUCCUUGCAGCCUGUGUGAACCACCAUGUGACGCCGCACAUCUUUGCGGGUGUAGAAACAGCGUUCACAAUGGUCACACUUAUGUUUCUUUUCCUUGGUGCUGCUGCCUGGCUUCCCUGCGUGAGUUUUGAGGUGUUCUAACAACACUUCUGUGCCUCCGAACUCUUGGGAGCACAUCCUGCAGGUAAGGUCCCCACUGGUGGCUGCAUGAAGAGCCAGGUGUCGUUUGUAACCCAGCUUGGUGUUGUACUUCUUGCCACAGGCUUCACACUUGAAGGCCAUUUUGUUGGGAUCGUGAGUCUGAAGGUGAUUUUUCAGAUGGUCCUUUCUGUGGAAGGUCUUUUCACAGUAACCACAUUGGUGAGAUUUCUGUGGAGAGUGGGUGGCCGAGUGCCUAAAACAGAAGAACAACAACAUGUUUACGGAACUCAUGCACACAAGUGGAAUACAGCUUCAGAAUGUGAAGGCACUUGCGCUCUCUAGGGUAACAGUUUUCAAAAAGACAGACUCUAUUAAAUAGCAAACCAGUGGGUUUUUUAUAGUCUGUAGAGUUAGAUUAACAUUACUGCAAAAAACACCUUUUUGAAUAGCAAUUAUAAAUUGUACUUAAGAGAGGCAGAGAAUAGCUAGUGGCUACAACAGAGGACUGGGAGUUGGCAUACCUAUUGUCCUGCCACUGACUCGUUGGAAUACAAUGGGAAAACUCAUUCAUCCUCCCUGUGCCUGUUCUCUCAUCUGUAAAAGGGGUAUAACACUUACUCUCAAAAGUGAGGUGAGACGUAAUCAAUUUAAUGUUUGUGAAGUGCUCAAGUUCCUUAAAAGAAAGGAGUCACAUAUAAGCCCACCUGACUUGGGGCUCGGAAUGGAUAGUUGUAAGCAACACAUGGCAGUGAAUCUGUUUUAUUCAUGCACCUUGAACAGCAUUUAUUUAAAUCUUAACAUCCUAUAUAGAAAUAUGACCAAUGGAGUUUGGCGAGUAGAUGUCACUAGUGCCAAGAAAAGACAUCUUUUCCUCCCCACACCCCCACUGGGAAGGGCUGCUAUCCCUUCAGGAGCUGUACCUUAUCAGUUUAUAUUUGGAAAUGAAAGCUUUCAUGCAUCCUGGCUGGGAACACCUGUAGGGACGCUCUCCUGUGUGGGCGUAAGUGUGGGCUGUGAGCUUUUCAACAGAAACAAAUAUCUUCCCGCAGAAUCGGCAGUGAUAACUGUCUGGCUGCUUCGCUUCUCUUUCCUUUAGUAGUGAAGACUGAUCAUUUCUCCAUGUAGGCACAAACCUCACAAUGGAACCGCAAACACUUCCUGAGCUGGCACAGGUAGACUUUGCACUAGGGGAACAGGAAAUGGCCCCAUAGCACUGGACAAUGCUUGUGCCCAAGCCAGUUUCACUCAGUUUGCCUUUGGUUUUGCCCUUGGCUUUUAGAGGUUCUAAUUUAUUUGCUGCUCUGAAGCUGGUGAGAAGUGCUUUGUCUUUACUGGUGCAUUGGUGAGAUUCCAGCAGAGCUAAAGUCCCAAAAACGUUACUACAAUUGGAGCAUAUCCAGGCGUCGGCACACUCUCUCUGCAAUGAGAACAGAAACAGUUCCCUCAGAUUAACCAUUACAAAGAGAGAGAGGUCACAUUCUUCUCACCAGCCCUAUGUCGUCUUUAGUCUUCCCAAGGCCUCUCGCUUCCCUUGGUGACAGGCACAGCUCGUAACUGCCACCCAGACUGGUGUUCAGUUGGAGACAUAGUAAUCUUAGCUGUGUACAAGCAUGAAAACAAAUGAUUGGGUAAAUGAUUAUUUCCAUGUUGUUGUCUGGUGUUUAUUGCUAUUCUAGUUCUCAUUGAGCCUUGGGUGAUUUUUUUUUUCUCUGCAUAGUAAAUUUCAGUGUCUCUUGUGCUUCCAUAAUAAGAACAAGCACAGUCACAGUUCCAUAGUUAAGACAGUCAAGUUUUUCACUUAAUUUUAGACUGAGAGCAUUCUGCAAUACUGCAGCUAUACAGAAACCAUGGGCCUGUGGGAUUAUUUUGCCAACAAUGCAGGGUAUGUAUCUCUCUCUCUCCAUAGAGACAUGGAGAACAAAGAAAAUAAUGAGAUGUAAAAGCUUUUGUGCUUUAACACUGGGUGGUGGGGGGCAGGCUGUAACAUGCAGCACAUGUAUGACAAAGAGUUAGGACAUAAGCUAGAGCAGUGAAUGGGUGAGAGGACAACCUUAAGGAUUGGUGUACUCAGUUUCCCAAGAAUACGUGCCAGCAUGUUAGCCUUUCCAAAGUUUACCAUUACAUGCCAACACUGUAUUGUGCUCUGUUUAGAGUACAGGUACCGUACAGAAAGUAAUAGAGCUCCAGGUAAUACUUUUUUCUUUUGCUAUUUGAUUGAAACUGUUAAUUCAACGUUAGACUAGUUGACAAUCAUUUUCAGUCAUGUGAACUGAGGCAAGGUGAGCAGGUAAGUUUUCUGAGAUUAAGGCCAGGUGUUGGCUUGGAUGCAAUCCUUGGACACUUACUGUUGUUAAAACUGGUGAUAAAGCACAGCUAUCAGACUCUUCUUUGAUGACAACUGCAGAAGCUUCCAUAAACUUGGCGUAAUCUGCAGCAUACCACACUUUUAAUUCUGUGUGGGGUUCAAUUGGCUGUGAAUGGAAAAAAAUCCCCAGUAUUUACUUGUAUUGUCUGUUUCUAUAGGUAACUUUUACAUCUUAUUUAAAACAGGUGAUAGUCUAGUUGUUACCUUUACAGCAACUGUUUUCUUCAUAUCUGCUUAAACCAUUGAUAGCUUAUGUGAUGCUGUAUGGAAUAUGGGUGACCAUUUAUAAUAUUAUUGAUACCAAUAUUAUAAAAUUGCAAUGAAUCUUACAAGGUGCACCAUGUAAGGUAUCAGUGGAAAAGUUCUGAUUUGCUAAGUAUGAUGGCCUUGUUUUUUUAAUUUGUAAGUUACAAAUAUGUAUGAUAUAUCUGCAUCUCCAACCCGUGCUGUGUUUCUGGAUGACAUUGCUGAGGCCGAUCUGUCUGGGACCAUCUAAUCUAUUGGAUGGCCAAUCAAGGGCAAUCAACUCUACAGUGAACCCACUGAGAGAAGCCAGGAGCUAUGCCUAUGAGUCAGCAAGACAUGAGGGACAUGUUGUGGACAGGGGAUUACAAGAGCUCUUCCAUGCCCAUGAGCUUGUGUUUGGGAUAGAAGAUGUACAGGCCACAUGGCAAAGGAUAUUGAAAGGCAGCUGCAUCUUCUCCAUUUUGUCUUCAAUCCUGCUUCUCACCUCUGGAGUAAUUUCUCUGCGAACUGAAGCUUUGAACAAAGGACUGAUAGACCCAUCCAAGCUUUGGAUGUGUUCCAGAGGGACUCUACAAGCCAGCAAAGUCACCAGUUCUGCUAAGAACUUGAUAUAUGAUGUAUGUAUAUAAUUGCUUUCACCAUUUAACGAUUCUCUUCUCAUUCUUUUCUAAUAAACCUUUGGUUUUAGAUACUAAAGGAUUGGCUGGCAGUGUUGUAUAAGUUCCAACCUAAUAUUAUGUUAUAUGGGUGGCCCUUUGCGGGAUCAGAAGAACAUUUUGCUUAGUGACUAGAGUUUUAAAUAACUUUUCACUUUACUGGACCUAUUUGCUGUUUGGGAGCCAGAGACUAGAAUUCAUUAAAAGGAGCUGGGUGACUUUUUUUUUUUUUUUUUUUUUUUAGCUUCUUGAUAACCAGUGUGGGGGGCAGAAGCACAGUUUAGGGAUAAUCUGCUCUCCUUUUAGCAGCCUGCCCUGACCUUGGCAUUUUCAAGGUGGGCUACCCUAAGCACCUUGGUUUACAGCCUAGUUUCAAAAUUCAACUUUUUUUUAACUACUAUUCAGUGUGAGUUGAAAAAUCAGUUAUUUAUUUGUACAAUUCUUAAAGACCAGGAGGAGGAAAUUUAACAAAGGUCAUUGAGGUUAAGACCAAGGUAAAUACUAUGCAUUAUUAUUGGCUAAAUAUAUGAUAAAUUACA